AUGUCAAGCCAAGCCCCAAUUCACUACACAGUCGACCCCUCAGUCAAUCCAGCCACAUGGCCCGGUUCCGAUCCAACUGUUGCUACUAUGAUCUGGAAAGUCGAUGUCAUUUACAUCAAUAUCAACGGCGACCCUAACUUUCGUAUUCUUCGCACUGGUACGAACGAACAUGUUCAUCAGGCGAUAAUCCAGGCCACCAAGCAUAUUGCCCGAGGUGUUUAUACUAUUGUGAGCAUGAACGUCAGCGACUAUUCAUGUAUGGUGGUUAUGUCAACAGAGAAGACCAGAGAUGAGCUUAUGUUUAAAAAUGGGUUUCCUUGGGAUAGGAAUUGUGAUCCCCAGCUGGAUGUUGUAUUGAAGUGA